AUGAGAGCUAUCAACUCUCAAGACGACACUCCUACCGUUGAGGCUCCUGGACAUGACGAAGCAGGCGACGUUCAAAAUGUCUCUGCUGGGGGCAGUGCCGAGGAAGCCGGAGUUGAAAAUUCUGAUAAGCAGACUCUAACAAAGCAGGAUGUCACCGAAGAACCGAACCGCGAAGGCAAAAAGGAGGAGAACCAACAAGAAGGGGAUGGCGAGGACGAGGAAGAUCAAGAGAAGCCCGAUUCCGAAUCCACAAACGGCAAUUUCCCCAAUGGCAGCUUUUCUGGCUCUGGCGAUUUCAACCAGAUGCAGAUGAUGAUGGCUAUGCAGAACGGUAUGACGCCGAACUCUUUCGGCAAUUUCCCCAUGAUGGGUAUGCCGGGCAUGGGCAUGGACCCGAUGACGAUGCAGAACAUGUACAUGAACGGAGGCUUUCAAGGCAUGGGCAUGAACGGCAUGGGUGGCUUUGGGGGUGGAUUUGGCCAAGGCUCCAAUAAUAACUGGAACGGUUCUCAAUCGUGGAAUUUCGACCAGAAUAAUUACAAUCAAAAUGGUCCUGGCAUGGGAACAGGUGAUUUCGGGGGCUUUAACUCAGGAUUCCAGACAGGAUACAAUCAAGGUAAUUAUGGUCAAUUCAAUGACUAUCGCCGCAACAAUUUCGGACGUGGUCGAGGCCGAGGCCGUGGUUACUAUGGAGGUUACGGCCGUGGAGGCUACCAAUUCGGAGGCAAUGCCAACUACCAGGAUCAAACUCAGUUCUCUCAGCACGGAUCCGUACAAGCCGAUGGAUCCAGUGAGGCCACAGGAAAUGAGGUUUCUGGCGAUGUUUCCUCUAUGACGCCCAACAUGGGGCCUGGUGCUUCUGCUGUUCGUCCAGUUCCGGUUCCAGAUGUUCCGCUGAAUGCGCCAACUGGCCCCAAGGCUAUGAGGCAAGGUCUUCCUAACACAAGUCUUCAUCAUCUCCGAGCACGUGGUUACCAAGUUGGAAGUGAAGUUCCGCCCGGCAAGUCGACUCCUUCGGCAAGAGACAGCCCAGCCGAACGAGGCCGUUCCAGGAGUAACUCUCUAGCCCCGAGCCGUGCUGGUACCGAUGCUCGCGAGAAAGAUAAGGACCAUGAGUCCCAACGUGAGCAUAGCAAAGACCGAUCUCGCGAUCAUGACAAGCACGAUAGAGAACGUGAUGAUCACGGCCAAAAUCAAGUCCAUGCGGGAUCUGCAUCUCGUACCGUCAGCAGAAGUCGUAGUCGGAGCAGAGGGCAUAAAAGCUCUCGUCGACGUAGACGUUACCGCUCGGAGUCCAUCGAGGAUGACAGUUACGAUGACGAUUCCCGACGCAAGAAGCAUCGAAGCCGACGACAUCACCACGAUGAAGAGGAUUCCUCCCGUUCCAAGGACAAGGAUAAAGACAAGGACGACAGAUAUGCUGAUCGAAACCGCUCCACAUCGCCGACAGAGUCCAAACGAUCCAGCCACCGCAGCCGUCGUGAUAGAGACUCAGACAAGCGGAAGGAUAAAGACGACCAUCGUAGUGAUGAUCGUAAGAAGUCCGGGCACCGCUCCUCGCAUCGAGAUAAGGACUAUGAUCGCGAGCGACGCCGGGACAAGGACAGAGAUCGCAGCGACAAAGACCGCAAGGAUCGCAAAGAUCGACAUCGGGAUAGGGACCGACGUGAUCGCGACCGAGACCGGGACAAGGACAGAGAUCGUGAGAGUCAUCGGGACCGCGACAGAGAGCGCGACUCAAGAUACAGCAGCAGACACCAAUCGACUGACGCUGGGACUGCUUCCAACGACAAAGACCCCAAGCCUCCUUCUGGCCCUCGCGGUAACGAAACAAAGGCCAACUCUCAGAGUCGAACCGAAAGCUCGGGCAAGGACCCUCACACACUUGAACGCGAAGCUCGUGAUCGCGAGCGUCUGCUCAAAGAAGCGCAGCGCAUCGCAGGCAUGACAGGUUGGAAGCGUAACCGUGGCGAUGAUGGUGACGAUACAGGCUCACGCAAAGGACGCCGGACCGCAUCCUCAACGUCCGCUCGUCGAAGUGAGGCCAUCAACGGCGGCGAUGAGGAGGAGAGAAUGCGAAGGCUCGAGGCAGAGAGAGAAGGCGAUCGAUGGGGCUAG